AUUAGCGUUUCAGAACUACAUCCUGAUGUUGGGUACAAGUGUAAUGAUUCCUUCAUUGCUUGUCCCAGCGAUGGGCGGAAGCGAUGUAAGCUGGUUAUACUCAAAUUUUUUAGUUUGUUAUCAUCUUAAUUCUUGCUUGGUUUAUCUCAUGAAUUGCUGCCACGCCAAGGGAUCUAUGCUGGUAACUUUGAACCAAGUUUAUUGGUUCCCUACUAGUAUUAUUUUUUGAGGUUAACAUGCCAUUGAUUAAUGAGAUAAGGCCUUGUCUUUGCUUCUUUUUUCUGUUUUUCUUCUUUUCCCUUCUUCUCAACUUCACAGUAGAUUGAAAACUGGUAAUCAUAUAUGGUUGAAUUUUGGUCUAGAGGAUCUUGGAGCACUAUUUACCAUGAUAGAUCAUGCAUUUAUCCUUCUGCUAAAAUUGCCUUCUUUUCUUUUAACACCUAUCCUGUUUCUUUAUCCAUUUUUGGCUCAUAACCAGGGGGACAAAGCACGGGUAAUACAGACUUUGCUCUUUGUAGCUGGCAUUAACACCCUUCUUCAAGCUCUUUUCGGGACAAGGUUACCAGCUAUUGUUGGAGGUUCUUAUGCUUAUAUCAUCCCAAUAGCCUAUAUAAUAAGUGAUUCAUCAUUGCAACGGAUUAGUGAUCAACAUGAAAGAUUUAUACAAACGAUGCGAGCUAUUCAAGGAGCUCUUAUUGUAGCAUCAAGCAUACAAAUUAUCGUGGGAUACAGCCAAGUUUGGGGUCUCUUUUCACGGUUUUUUAGCCCUGUUGGUAUGGCGCCAGUGGUUGCAUUGGUAGGCUUGGGACUGUUUCAGAAAGGAUUUCCUUUGCUGGGAAACUGUGUGGAAAUCGGGCUGCCAAUGCUGUUGUUGGUGAUUGGAGUGUCGCAAUACCUAAAGCAUGUGAGGCCAUUAAGAAAUGUCCCUAUUUUUGAAAGGUUUCCUGUAUUGAUCUGUGUUGCAAUCAUUUGGAUCUAUUCUCUUACACUGACUGCCAGUGGGGCUUACCGUUACAAGCCGAAUACUACUCAACUUAGUUGCCGUACUGACAGAGCAAAUCUCAUAUCUACUGCUCCGUGGUUCAAGUUCCCAUACCCUCUUCAGUGGGGUCCUCCUACAUUUUCAGCUGGCCAUUCCUUUGCUAUGAUGUCUGCUGUUUUAGUGUCUAUGGUUGAGUCAACUGGAGCUUACAAGGCAGCAUCUCGAUUGGCUAUUGCAACUCCACCUCCAGCUUACGUAUUAAGCCGUGGGAUUGGCUGGCAGGGGAUUGGCAUCUUGCUUGAUGGUCUAUUUGGAACGGGGACUGGUUCUACUGUUUCUGUGGAAAAUGUUGGACUCCUCGGGCUAAGCCGAGUUGGAAGUCGCAGAGUUGUUCAGAUAUCUGCUGCCUUCAUGAUGUUUUUCUCAACCUUAGGAAAAUUUGGAGCUGUAUUUGCAUCCAUACCUUUCCCGAUCUUUGCAGCACUAUAUUGUGUACUGUUUGGCCUUGUGGGGCUAUCACUCUUCCUUGGGAUUUCCAUCCCACAAUUCUUUAAUGAAUAUUGGAAUCCAACAUACCGAGGUCUCGUUCACACCAAUGCAGGAUGGUUCAAUGCAUUGGUGAAUACCAUAUUCUCAUCGCCGGCAACAGUUGGUCUGAUCGUGGCGGUGUUUCUGGACAAUACGAUAGAAGUGGAAAAAUCGAAGAAAGAUAGAGGGAUGCCAUGGUGGGUCAAGUUCAGAACAUUUAGAGGAGACAAUAGAAAUGAGGAGUUCUACACUUUGCCAUUCAACCUCAACAGGUUCUUUCCACCAACCUAGUGGAGUCCCGAUAGCAGGCAAAAAUCAAAAAGCUAAUUUUCUUUGGCUAAUCCAAUCCCAAUUUGGUAGUAGAUGCCCUAAUCUUUCCUUUUGUUUCCACCACGAAUCCAAUUUUUUGUGAGCCGUUGUAAAAGGGGCCCAGGGUAGGGUUUUAGAGCAUUUAAUCUCUGCUUCUUGUAGAUGGCAAUAAUAAAGGAAAUCAGUUCAUAUUGAAAUUGAGAUCUUCCUUGUCAAUGCUAAUCACCUUGUUUGCCUCUUGAUACUCAAAGUUUUCUGUUUGUUGGGACAAGGAGACAAAAAUUUCAAUUUAGGGUUUAAUUUGAUAAUGGGAGGAACCCCAGGGGCCAAAUCAAAAAACGAAAUCAAACUGAAUAAAUGAAGCCUCAGACAGCCAGUGAAAGUAACAUCAAAAUUAAAAGUUCAGUCGGUAAUUCCAACUAUUAAUAGAAAACUCUUCAUUGGCU